AAACCGAAAGAAUGUGCGGAGGUUCUAUUGUUUCCGACUACAUGAGAUCGAACGACGGCCGGAGUUUGAUGUCGCCAGAGGAGCUCCUCCUCUCCGACUACUCGGAGGCGAGCUCAGAGUUCAUGCUCUACGACACCACCCACUGCGACGGAGGCGAUUUGUUCGGCUUCGACUUCGCGCAACAUGGGCUCGCCUCAAACGCCCCCGCAGCACCUGCCUCUGGCGAGAGGAAAGCUGCGGGGAAGGCCGGGGCGGCGGCCGGAGGUGGCCGGAGAGUGAGGAAAAACGCUUACAGAGGGAUAAGGCAGAGGCCUUGGGGGAAAUGGGCGGCUGAGAUCAGGGAUCCGAAGAAAGGUGCCAGAGUGUGGCUCGGGACGUACGACACCGCCGAGGAGGCGGCCAUGGCUUACGACGAGGCGGCGAGGGAGAUUCGCGGGAGCAAGGCGAAGGUGAACUUCCCCGGGAUCGUGAUGCCUGUCCGCAAGGGGGAGUCCGUACUCCGACGGAACUCUAGGUCGAAGGGUUCGUCCGCCGGAGGAAGAGCCGGGGCGGGGAAGAAGAAAGCCGAGGCGGAGCAGAAGAAGGAUCCAGCCGUGGCGGUGAAGGAGGAGCCGACCUCCGUGUCGGGGUCGGACGUGACGUCCGCGCCGUCGCCGGCGUCAGAGUCGGACUGUAUAUCAACGCCGUCACCGCCUCCGGACGCGGUAGUUUCGGCGGAGGAUUUCCCUGCGGAGGACGGCGAGCUGGCGUUGUGGUACGGCUGGGGCGAUUUGGGGUUGAGAUGGGAAACGUGCGGCGCGGUCAAGGUGGAGGAGGACGAGGGAGGAAUGAUGAUCGACGAUCACCUCUGGUUCUUCGAUGAUAUUCCCCCUCGUCUCGUCUCAUCUCCCGAUCCCUCCCGUUAGAGCGACUCGGAUUCUUUUUCCUUCUUUUUUUUUUCUUUCUUUUUCUACUAAACGUAUAUAAUUUUUUAGCCGGCUCCUAAUAUUCUGUUUA